AUGGGGGACUCAGCUGUAAUUCUUGCCUUCCCUUAUGCUUCAGAUUUAUCCAAUGAAACCAAUCAGGGGAACCCCAUGCAUGCUCUUGGGGAGUCGAUUUCUUUUGGGAGGUUUAUGUCGGAAUCCUUGUCGUGGGAAAAAUGGUCAACCUUUUCUCAUAAGAAAUACGUUGAAGAGGCCGAGAGGUAUUCACAGCCUGGAUCAGUAGCCCAGAAGAAGGCUUUUUUCGAGGCUCAUUACAAGAGAAUCGCAGCUCAAAAGGCGGCAGCAUUGUUGGAACAAGAAAAUUCUGUUGAUGAACAAAAGAUCCCAGAUGCACAAGUAGACCAUCGUAAAGAAGAUGUUGAAAGGGUUGAAUCAAAUAAAGUAGAAAGUGUCAAGACGGAUCAAAAGGCCCCGGUGACAGAAAAUGAAGCCUUGAUGGAGACUCCUGUGAAGAAAAUUUCAAUGAAUCAGGUUCUUAAUCUUGAACACAAUGACAUUGUUACUGGAUCAGAGAUUAAUGAUAUACCAAAGGUGGAGAGAUCUUUGUUAAAGGUGAUAGAAAUCGACAAGCAGAAUUCCAUUGCCGAAAGGGGAAAGCUACUGGUGACAAGCAAGAAAAGAACAGCUCUUUCUCCGUUGAAAUCAUGGUUUCACCGUAAAACAUCUAAAGUACCUAGUUCAGAGGAAAGCCGCUCCAAGUCCCUGAUUGCUCGUUUAGAAAGAGUUGGCGAUAAAGAACAGAAACUCAAGGACAAAUUCAAUGCCGAGACGAUGCCAAAGGAGAAAACCGGAAGAAAAUUUAGAAAAGCACAUCAUAUAUUUUGCUUCAAAGCCUGA